CCAAAAAUAGCCUUAAGUGUUUUAUGAAAGGUUUUUCUCAACAAUAACUUUUCAAAUGUCAUGAAACAAAAAAAAGGUUUUUGCCUUCUCACCUCCUAUUCUGCCUGACACCUCUGACAGCAGAGGUUUCUCCCAUCCGUAGGGAUCUGACGACAACACAAAAGUGAAUUUUCGCUUUAAAAAGGCUGACUGAAGCCUCUCACUGAGCAGCUCUGCUUACAGUUAAAGAUUUUUUUUUUCCAUCUUGUCAGUCUGAGAUGAUGAAUACUGAACUCAGUUUGGAUUUGUGUGCAGAAGGAGCAAACCGGGAUGCUUAUCACUCACUUGUGGUGUAUUCAUGUGUUUAUGCUAAAUUGUGGGUUCUGUGUGCAGCUGUAAAAUCAUUCAUCAUAAAUAAGUGCAACUUUUUUGCAUAUUUCUGCAGCAAUCGGUUAAUAUUUUAUUCCAUUUUUAUUCAGCAUGCAUUUACCAGUAAAAAAAGUUUCUAAUUCAACAUAUUUUGCACUUAAAAACAUUUUUACUUUUAAAUUUGUAAUUUUGUUGAGCUUUAAAACCUCCAACAUCCACAUAGGUGAGCUCAAAUAGUGCAUAAAGAGUAUCCUGAUUAAAAGAUAAUAAUUGCAUCAAAAUGAUCCUUUCAUUAAUGUGGACAAACAUUCAUUUUAUUUUGACUUGUUUUAAAUUAUAAGCCAAAUAUAAAGAAAUGAUGAAUGAGUUGAUGGAGGCUUGUCAAGUGAAGGCCUCAUGAUUCAGGGCCCAUGCUGGUGGGGAGGGUCGUGGGUCUGGAUGACCCCCUCUGUUAAAUCACAGCUUUCCAGGAGCUGGGGAAUGGAUGGAUCUUCUUAUCACUAAGGCGACAGGGCGGAGCAGUGAUCCAUUAAUUACACCAGCAGCUCCUGUAAUUAACCAGAACAGAGAGAAGCCGUUCCAGUGGGCUGGAACUGACCCGUUUGAUGGAAGUUCAGAGGGAGAAAUGUAAAAAAAAAAAUCCCCAAAAUGCUGUUUGAACAUGUCAUCUCUUUCUUCAAAUUAACUUAAAAUCGUAUAAACUGCUUUUAAAAAUGAUAAGCGCUAGUUGUCAGUGCGCGUGCGCAAAAAAAAAAAAAAAAAAAAGAAAGAAAAGAUCAAUUACAAUUACUCUCCGUUGACAAUGUAAUUAAAUCCCGCCGCGUUUGCGCCUUAUCUGGAAGGAGUGGUUUCCAGGCGGAAGGAGCGCGCGGCGCGCGCGGACGGCGGAGGGCCUCUUCCGCGCGUCCCCACUGGAGGAGAAAGCCUCCAAGCUCCAGCUGUCGGGAGGUGAGCGCCAAGACUGUUCAGACCUGCAGUGGAGACGUAACUGUGACGUGCUGUGGAAAAACACCAGUGUGGAUGAUCAUUUUAUUUUCUCCCUUUUUGCUGCAAUCAUUUGUCUUAAGUUGAUAAUAAAUGUUUAGUAAUUUAAAAUGUCUGUUGAGUUCAUCAAAUCUGGAUCCUGUGGCCAGAAAUGUUUUACUUUAUGCAAAGAUUGGAUUAAAAUGUGUACUUUAUGUGAAGGUAGUUGACUAAGGUUUUUCUUUUUAUUUGGAAACAAGCGUGUAUAAAUGUUAUUUGUGUUUGAUGAAUUUUAUUAUUUAGUUUUAGGAUACGUUUUUUGUCGCGUGUAUUAAAACAUAAAUCUUUGUUGCGCAUUUUUCCUUUUAAGCUCCGUUUGAUUUUCUGCUGCUAGAAGGCCCAAACUCAAGUUCCCAUUUUUCCUUUAAAGACAUUUAUUGGAAAAAUGUUUAGUCACAGCAACUCCUCAUUGCUUCCAUGUGCAUUUUUGGUGUAAACUGAGAGUGGGUAAAUGGGAGCCUAUGCGCAAUGCAGUGUUUUAAGUGUGGAACCCACUCCCCCUCCUCCCAGCUUCCAGUGCAAGCUCCAGUGGUCUGUUCUGGCUGUUCCUUAAAAGCUGUAAAAAAAAAAAAAAAAACUUCUUGCGUAAUACUAACAAAUGAGUAGCUUUCCAAACUCCCUUUUGAUCAAUGCAGCUAUUGGUGACGCGCGUAAAGCGUGCGUAAAACGCCUGAAGCGGAAAUACUAUUUUUAGUUCGCCCUCUUCAAAAGGUUAUUUCGCGCAACUUUGGAGUAAACUUUUUAGAAACCCGUUUAGAAUUAUUUAUGGAAACAUGUUCAUUAUAUGAAGCAAUAGUUUAGACUUUGGAUCAGGCGUCAGUUUAGUUUCUGCAUCAUUAAGCCACAUUGUGAAGUUAAGAAUGAAACUGUAACUUCUGUGUUUUGCUCAGAAACAACCCAAACCAGGAACACUUUGUCCCGAGCGCGCGGGCUUUGCGUGAUCAAGCUCACGUGUUCAUGUCUGUGUGUGAGACUUCUUCUACACAUCCCUAAAGACGAGUGUAUUAAUCAGCUUUGGAAAUGUCCAUCCAGCGCUCACGCAAGCAACGUGCGUAAUAGGAACGAUUCGCGCACGAGUAAGACGCGCAUCAGUCGUCUUUUUUUGGUUCCACUAGCCCCUUUAAAAAAAAAAAACGAAUCCAAGGCCGUUGAUUUAUCAAACUCCUAUUAUCAAGAAAAUGUCACGCGAAGGGCACCUUGCUGUCCUGCACUGACGCAAAACUCCAGCCUUUCUCUCGGAGCGACGGAAAAGCGAAGCACUCGCAGUUUGAAUCAGUCCGCCUCCAGUCUGCUCUUUUUACAGCUGUUUCCAAGCCUGACGCCGGAGCUCGACAAAAAUGGAUUGCUCUGAGCAAAGAGAAAUGAGCACGCACGCUCCCGCCGGCUUCAUCCCGGCACAGCAGCAGCCGGACGGAGCCGCUGGAAUCCCAAACAACAAGCCGGACAACGCGGCCGCGUGCGCCCCGCACCAGCAGCCGCCUCCCUGCAACGAGAGCAAAACUUUUUACCCCGCGGAGAAUAAACCGGGAGAGCUGGACACCAAUAAAGCAUAUGGGACGUUCAAAAGCGCCCCCCCGCCGCCGGUGCCGGGAUCAGCGGCGGUGAACUCGGAUUUUAGGAAGGAUUCGGUCGGUUCGGCCCGCGGCGACCCGCUCCGGGCAACCGCGGAGCAGAACAACACGGUGGGCAACUGGACGGCGAUGAGCCAGACCACCAUCAUACUGGGAGCAGAUGGGAACACGUCUGUUCAGCCGGGAGCCGUGACGGGGGGGGAGGAUGAUGACGAGGACGGAGAUGAGAAUAAGGCCAGAGGAAACUGGUCAAACAAACUGGACUUUAUUCUGUCCAUGGUUGGUUAUGCGGUUGGACUGGGGAACGUGUGGAGGUUUCCUUAUCUCGCCUUCCAAAACGGUGGAGGAGCGUUUCUCAUCCCCUACCUGACGAUGCUGGGCAUUGCAGGAAUCCCGAUCUUCCUGCUGGAAGUUUCUUUGGGUCAGUUUGCCAGCCAGGGGCCCGUGUCUGUCUGGAAAUGCAUUCCAGCCCUGCAAGGUUGCGGGAUUGCCAUGUUGAUAAUAUCUGUCUUGAUAGCCAUAUACUAUAAUAUUAUAAUGUGCUGGACACUGUACUACCUGUUCGCUUCGUUGAAGGGCUCACUGCCAUGGGCUAACUGUAGGAAUGAGUGGAACACGGUGGAAUGUAAGGACAAAGACAUGCUGCUGUUAGACUCGUGCAUCCUGCGCGACAGAAACACCAUUUCAGUCAAGAACUCCAGCUUCUGUCUGUCUGCAAACGCCGUGGGGAACCUGACCAAACUGUUGAACAUGAGCAUGGACGCCAACAAAACCUACGUCAGCCCCAGUGAGGAGUACUUUAAGUACAAUGUUUUGCACAUUUCCAAAGGGAUUGAAUAUCCAGGAGACAUCCGCUGGCCUCUGGCCGGCUGCCUGUUUUUGGCCUGGCUCAUUGUCUAUGCUUCUCUAGCCAAAGGAAUCAAGUCGUCAGGAAAGGUAGUGUAUUUCACAGCAACAUUUCCCUACGUGGUGCUGAUCAUCCUCCUGAUCAGAGGAGUGACCCUCCCCGGCGCCGGGGACGGCAUCCUUUACUUCAUCACGCCUAAAUGGGAGAAACUGAACGAUGCAAAGGUAUGGAAAGACGCAGCGACUCAGAUAUUUUUCUCUCUGUCAGCUGCGUGGGGAGGUUUGAUCACGCUCUCCUCCUACAAUAAGUUCCACAAUAACUGCUACAGGGACACCAUUAUAGUGACGUGCACAAACAGCGCCACGAGUAUAUUUGCUGGCUUUGUCAUCUUCUCUGUCAUCGGUUUCAUGGCUCAUGAGCUGAAGGUGCCAAUAGAGAAGGUGGCAGACGAGGGUCCAGGCAUAGCAUUUGUUGUGUAUCCCGAGGCUCUGACCAGACUCCCCCUGUCUCCUUUCUGGGCAAUCAUCUUCUUCCUGAUGCUUCUGACUCUUGGACUGGAUACCAUGUUUGCCACCAUUGAGACCAUUGUAACGUCUGUGUCGGAUGAGUUCCCCAAGUACUUGAGGAAACACAAACCGGUCUUCACACUGGUCUGCUGCGCCUCCUUUUUCAUCCUGGGUUUUCCUAUGAUCACAGAGAAUGGGAUGUACAUGCUGCAGCUGGUGGACACGUUUGCUGCCUCCUAUUCUUUGGUCAUCAUUGCUAUCUUUGAGCUUUUGGGGAUUUCUUAUCUCUAUGGUCUGCAGAGGUUUUGUGCGGACAUCGAAAUGAUGAUUGGUUUUCAGCCCAACCGAUUCUGGAGAAUCUGCUGGGCCUUUGUGACUCCAACCAUUCUGACGGGCAUCCUGGGACUCAGUCUGUAUCAGUGGAAGGUCAUGACUUAUGAAGACUACACCUACCCCACCUGGUCCAUGAUCCUGGGGUGGCUGAUGGUCAUCUGCUCUGUGAUCUGGAUCCCCAUCAUGUUCCUCAUCAAGAUGUACCUGGCACCAGGCUCCGUAAGCGAGCGCUUGAAGUUGGUCUGUUCCCCUCAGCCUGAUUGGGGUCCUUUCUUGAUGAAGCACAGAGGGGAUCGCUACAAGAACAUGAUCGAUCCUCUUGGAACCAACUCUCUGGGUCUCAAGCUGCCCCCAAAGGACUUCCAUCUUGGUUCCUACCAGUAGCAGCCAUCCUGCCAGCAUCUUAAUCACCACGUCUGACCAAUUCAGUUGCCACUUGGAGGAGGUGGAUGCCUUUGUCCACUCCUUUUCUCCGUUGUCUCGUUUGUACUCCACACUGUUUGCUUCUUGUCUUCUGCUGUUUCUUACAAAUGUGGACACGGGAUUCCUCUCCGUUCCCUUUACUUUUUGUGCAAUUGCCUGUCUUCUCUCAGGGAGGAGCGGCUGACCAAGUGAAGCCUGCCUCUCUGCUGCUGCUGCUUCGUACUCAGUUAAUAGGCUUUCUUUGCCUCCCACAUAUGUCCACUGAUUACUCCAGAAUCCUUCCCGGAGAACCUUAUUCCGAAAGAAAAAUUGUGUCAUAAAAUGACACAGCUCAGACUGCACUUGCAAUAUUAGACUCACUAUAGCUGCUCCCAGUAGAGUUGUGUGUGUUUCUGUGCGUGUGUGUGUGUGUGCAUUGCAUUAUAUUUGUGUGUAGACAUAAUGAAAUGUGUUGGAGUAAGCAGGAAGGAAGAAAAAAAAGAAAAAUGCUUUAAGACAUUGUUGGAAAUCAGUGUUUGAGAAAAAAUAUCAAUUAUAUAAAUAAUCCUAGAAAAAGUUUGCUUUAUUAUAAGAUGCUGUUUCUAUCUUGCAGUACAGUCAUAUCAGCUGCUACUCUUGCUUUGUUGAAAACAGAUUACAAGAUCUGCGAUUUGUGCCUCCAACGUCCCAGUAUUUAGAUGCAUUUAGACGUCCUCUUUCACAAGACUUCCUUUAACCUCUGAAGACUUGGGGACAAUGUGCAAUACCCGCUCCACCCAAGUAUUAACUUGCGUUACUGUUGUAUUAUCUAAUAUGUAGAGUUCAGUCUUUUUAGCGUAGCUAGCCCCGCCACUUCAGGUCUCAGAAUUAACCCUGUAGUUACUCUCUGUGCACUUACUUUGGAUGCAUAGUUCUAGCUGUUGGUGUUGUGAUCUUCUAAGGCCAUCUGUGACUUGCAUUGUACGUCAUCUUAGAGUAACAUAAAAUAUUUAACUGUGUACUAAUUCUUUCAACACAGAAGAAAGUGUUUAUAUGUAACUUAUUUAUCAAAAUGAAGCUUUCCUUGCUACCCAAUAUUUUAUCAAAUGCACUCUGUGUGAACAGAAGACGUCUGUGUUGUUGCGCCCUCAUAGUGGCCACGUGUGAGCAGAUGAAGAUUAGAUGACUCCCUUCUCUGCCGAAAAGUGUGCUUUGUCUCUUGUAGCUUGUGGUAGAGCUCUGGGCACUGCUUUGUCCCGUCAUCGUCAUCUCUCCUGCUUCUCCGUGUGUCCUCCUGGAAACAGGGUCUCAGGUAUACUCUGUCGGACUACUGAGGUAGUUGCAAGAACAGCAGCGUCCGCUGCACAGAGACCUUAACAGUGCCGCCGGCCUUUCAAGCUAAAUGACAACAAAAGCUGUGGUAAAAGUGUCGCAGAGGAGAACAAUGUUCUUGCUGAGGACUCAAGGCUUAAGUGCUUAGUUUUAACUUUCUUUGACUUACAAAGGAGUAAGCCAAAAGGAUGAUGUGAAAGGUAACACUAGGUUCACACUGGACGCGAAAGUGGCGUGGGGCGGAGUGCGCGCGGCAUCCGCGUUUUCGUGCGAUUCAAACCAGAUGCACAUUUUUUUCCGUGACUUCAGCUUUUUUUUUUUUUUGCCAUCAUGGGUAAAUUCAUAACCCAAAAAUAUUGCCCCAUAUUUCUUUAAUUUAUCUGUUGAGACACACAGAGAGAAGUGUUUGUGUCUGUCUGCCAGUCUGCGUUUUUUGUUUUUCUUUUUUUUGUGUGUGUGUGUUGUGAUUGUAUGUUUGUUUUCAUCUCUACAGUCUGUUUAGAUACAAAAACAUGAUCGCAUUUGUUAAUCGUGGCGCUUUAUUUUGAAAACUCGGUUAUACUUUGAAAAUAAACCAGAUUUUCUCAUGUAUCUUGAUGUAACUUCUUGGCAGAAUUGACGCGGAUCGCUUGCAUCUCGCGCACAAAUUAUAGACCAGAUGCUGAAACUCUCCGCUGCAUGGCGCGAGCCUUCCGCGGACGGAACCUAUGGUGAGGUUCGGCGGAGGACUGCGGCACUCCGCUGAACCUCACCAUAGGUUAACAAGGGCACCGAAUGGAACCUUCACUCAUCAAAGAAGGUUUUCUUUGGUGAAUCGAGAAACACAAACUUAAAACAACGUUCCGUGGUGCUUCCGCUUCCAGUGUCAACCAGGCGUAAUGGAGAAUAAGUUGAAUUUUGCAACUUUCUUUUUUGGCAAUGUACUUCAUUUGCACAGAAGGUACAUUUUUUUCUCUGUCCGUCUGCUCUCUUCUGUCCACCAGAACCAGGCAUUUAACUGUAAUUUAGUGAACAGCUUCCUUCUGAGUCAUGACUCAAUCUUCUGAGGUUGUAAAAGUCAUCUGCUGUUUCUUGCGCCGGCACAGCCCUGCUGGUGGUCAGCUUUGUCACUAAAGAAGAGUCAUACCCAGCCAUCAAAUUUUACUUUUAAAUCCUAUUAUCUUCAACUUAACAGCAGGCUUCUUCUCUGAAAGCCUUUAGUCUUUUGCACUCAUUGACAACUUCCAUCUGUAUUUUAUCAAGGUCCCGAUUGGCCUGAUUAUGCUUUUAACUCAGCAGGUGUUAAAUCACGGAGUGUUUUUAUUGUAACAGCUGAUAGAAGUUCAAGGAUCUCUCUCUCUAAGCCAUGUCUUUUGACAACCUUUGCCUGAAGAUAGCACAGGUCUGAUUUAGGUGUUGGGUUGUUUGAAAAUGACACAUAAUCAAUUUAUGAGCACAAAUAUCCUGAUGUUAAAUUGUUAAAUGCUUGCUGUGUUCCUUUAAAGAUGUUUAGCCGUAAUUGUUCAAUUGUGAUAAUUAUGUAUGUCUGUGUAUGCUUGUGUGCGCGUGAUUGUCUCUGUAGAGCUGAAUUCCAUUCAACCGUCAAUCAAACAUGUGCAUGGCCCAUCUCAGAGUAGAGUGUAGGAUGAAAUGGAAAGGAUCGUCCUUGUAUGUCUCAGUUAAACGCACCUUCGUCACCUCUGACGAUGGGAAGGUCGUCUUUGACAAGUCGAGAACUUAAAACAACGAUCCGCUCCAAAGCUAACAAAUAUUUUUACUCUGAGUGUAGUUUGUGGUUUUUUAAGCUUAAAAAUGAUGUAUUGUUCUUUAGUGGAACGCUAAAAAUGCUAAACGCCUUCACGCCCUUAAUAAUUUUAAAUAAUUUUAUUUAGGGGAACAGCUACAAAGCUGUGUGUUUCAUGGCACCGUGUUUCCUUAUUUAUCGGGAUUUCCCUUUUUUGGGCGUGAGAAAAAUCAAAGAAAUAAAUAGUUGAGUAAAUAAAAGCUCUAGGUUUAGUUAAGACCUUUCUGCUUCAUGAAAUGCACCAGAUGAAAAUGAAAAGCUUGCAUGUGCAAUUUGUGUUGCUGUCAGUCAGUGUCCAUAUAUAAAUCUAUUUUUUCUCUUGAUAGAAUAAGCUGGUGCAUGUUUACUUUAGAGAACGUUCCUAAAGUUGAGAAACAGAAGGUUGCUGUUGUCCAUUUGCACAAGAGGAAAAAGAAAAACAGUAAUUCUCUUGGCCUAAAAUUCACUUAUGGACAGUAACCAAAGAAAGAGUAUUUUAAAUGACCUUAUCGUAAUAAUAUAAACUAUAUAAAAAAAGGAAUGUGUCAUCAGCGUAGAGGAGGUUGAGAUACUGCCAUUCAUAUAAUAAGUGUUCGUCAGUGUUUGCCAAUACGUUACAAAACACCUUCAGGUAACCAUUGGCCUUAUAGAUGUCCUCUAAUGGUAGAAUAUUAUAUGUACUUCAAGAAUAACACCACAGCAUAGCUGUCUAUCUCAUGUAAAAAUAGUAUUCCUAUUGUUAUGUCUGUUGUGUCUUUUUGGCACCUUACUGUGGGACCUAUGAAUGCAUAGGAAAAAUUUCUAAUUACUUGAGUAAUGUCAUAUAUUUCUGUGUGUUUUACGUGAGGUACUGCUGCCUAUGGAUAUAGAUAUGUGCCUCCAACAGCCCAUGACAGUCAUCUGAUUAAAAAACAGAGUAGAUAUUAUGUUUCAAAUAUGUUUGAAAAUGUGUGAUGUGUAAAAAAAAAUAUAGAACAUAUGAAUAUAUCAUAAAUGUGAAAUGCAUUUAUUUAUUUUUCACAAUCAUCAAUCUUUGAGGCCCUACCUCAGUUUUCUAUUUAUCAAUAGAAAUGCAAUUGGAUUAUAGUAUAUUUGCCAAUAAUAAUAUAUAAUCGCUAUUCUAUCAUGAAAUGUAUAACAUAUGAAUCAAUAAAUAAAUGUUAUUGUUAA